AUGGGAGGUCGCCAUAUUGGAUCCACUGUCUCACAGGCCGAGAGGAACAAGCAGACCUCUGAUUGGUCCUCAGUUUUCGGCUCUUCAUUACCGAGCUACGUGUUAUUUUUAAUGUAAUCGUGUGUCCUGGUUAAACAGCUCUCGGUCUGGAGGACGUUAUAGGAGGAUAUGUUAUAAGAGGGUGUGUUUUAUCCUGGUGGAUAAAGCUAGCUAAGCUAAGCUAAGCUAAUUUGAAUGGAUCCAAGGGUCGCCUGGAUACAGCCGGAACAGAAAGGACCUGCUAAUGCGUUAUGGAUGCAUGUGUGGGAGACGUCUCAGGGAAUCCGGACUAACUCUGCUCUCCAUCACCGACAACAACAAAGCGAACAGGGGAAAGAUGUGUGCAACGAACCUGGGUGUUCAUCCAGCACGAUUAACAAUAAUAAUCCUUCUCUGAACCCGACUGAAAUGGCUCCUACUCAUAAGGGCUCCUGGUGUCCACCGGAUUCGGGCACAGACAGCUCCUACACGGAUCCCUCUUCCGCCUUAAGAGCUACCGAUACCAACAAGAACCGUGUUAACGAACUGAACAACGUGAUCCAGAAUCACCUCCAUAAUCAUUAUCACCACCAUCAGCAACAUUCGCAGCCGUGUUUUCAACAGAACUGCAUGAAGCGCUUUCCGUUUAACAACCACAAUAAUCAGCACCAUCUUCAUCAUCAUCAUCAUCAUCCUGGACGAAGGAAAAGCGAAAACAAAGCCAGUACAUACGGGAUAAAUUAUAUUCUCUCUAACUGGACUAACGGAAAUCAUGUCAGUCCUGUUACUCUGUGGAAAACCAGGACGUACCGCCCAGGAGUUAACGGGCUUCAUGAGGAGAUUAUAGACUUCUAUAACUUCAUGUCCCCUCGACCCGAAGAGGCCACUAUGAGGCAAGAGGUAGUCUAUCGAAUCGAGUCCGUCAUCAAGAAGCUGUGGCCAAGUGCUGACGUUCAGAUAUUCGGCAGCUUUAGCACUGGGCUCUACCUCCCUACCAGUGACAUUGACUUGGUGGUGUUCGGGAAAUGGGACAGACCUCCGCUGCAGCAGUUGGAGCAGGCCCUCCGGAAGAAUAACGUGGCCGAGCCAUUCUCUAUUAAAGUACUUGACAAAGCUACGGUACCAAUUAUAAAAUUGACCGACCAGGAAACAGAGGUCAAAGUGGACAUCAGUUUCAACGUGGAGACUGGAGUCAAAGCUGCUCACUUCAUCAAGGAUUAUGUGAAGAAGUAUACCGUGCUGCCUUACUUGAUCUUCGUGCUGAAGCAGUUCCUCCUGCAGAGGGAUCUGAAUGAGGUCUUUACUGGAGGCAUCAGCUCCUAUAGCCUCAUCCUGAUGGUCAUCAGCUUCCUGCAGCUCCACCCCCGAAUCGAUGCUAGCUCUCCCAACACGAACCUCGGCGUUCUGCUCAUCGAGUUCUUCGAGCUGUACGGCCGCCAUUUUAACUACCUGAAAACAGGCAUCAGGAUAAAGAACGGCGGCGCCUACAUGGCUAAAGAGGACAUCAUGAAAGCCAUGAACAACGGCUACAGGCCCUCCAUGCUCUGCAUCGAGGACCCUCUUCUUCCAGGUAAUGACGUGGGCAGGAGCUCGUAUGGAGCCAUGCAGGUGAAGCACGUGUUCGAUUACGCCUACGUCGUUCUCAGCCACGCUGUGUCGCCUCUCGCAAACUCCUACCCCAACAAGGAUAGCGACAGCACUUUGGGACGCAUCAUUAAAGUCACCCAGGAAGUGAUCGACUACAGGGAGUGGAUCGUUAACAAGUGGGGCAGCAGGAAAAGCGGUCCUGCUAAUAAAGACUCGGUGGAGCAGGUGGACUCGAGCGCUCUGCUCAGUGUUGGAGUGGAGGAGCAGCAGCAGCUCCAGAGAGACUCCGUGUCUCCUAACAGCGCAGACUCUUCAAUGUCUCUGUCCAGCCCCCAGCAGCACUCGUCUGCUUCCUCUCUGUCAGGCAGCGACAUCGACUCGGACUGCACACCGUGCGUUGCUCCAGCAUUGCCCUCCUACCCUCUGCAGACGAUGGCACUGGGCACGCUGCCCGCUGAGCUGCAGAUGGGCAAGCACAAGGCCAUCGUCACCAUGCCACUCACAAUGCCCGCUGCCAACCAGACAAGAAUUUCAGUGCCCGGGAGUCUUCCUCGCCACGUUUUACCUCUCAGACAGCAGGCUGGUCCCAAGGGCUUCCACAACCCGGCUUUACCACACGGCCAAAUGCAGUACAACCGCAACACAUGGCGUCAUAAGAAGAGGGACAGCCUACCAGCUAGUGUCAGUAGAUAAACACAGCGUACUCUUCCUCCCUCCUCCUCCUCCUCCUCCUGUCAUAAAACGAUGAUUACUCGACGAGGCCUCCUGCUGGUGGGGCGCGAGCCGAGAGACCAGCAGUUUCUGCCGCAGCUCCUCGCUCAGUAGCUGCGCUAAUGUUGGUGCUACGUUUACUCUCCCACUCCAUUCUUGCACGUGUGUGAAUGUCACGAUCUCCACCACCCCUGAGGAUGCCUCAGACCCGGUUAAUGAUCUACACCUUAACUUCUGCCCACAAUGGAAACGUUUUUGUUCUUGCUUUUCCCUUUUCACUUGACUUGGGGUGUUUUUUUGCUGGUAUUUUUGUUUUCUUUUUUUUUUUUUAACAGGACACCAUACACCGACACUAGAUCCAGCAGCUUAUCGAUGUGUAUUGUUUGUGUAUUUUUUUUUUCUCGGUUUUAUUUUUAUAGGAGUUUUAAUUUCAGUAAAUACUACACAGUCGCCCAUAUUUAGAAUAAGAAAUCUCUAGACAGUAAGCUUUAAAUGAGUCAUUUAGGACGACCGACCCAGAGCAUUGAGUGGGACUGUGUGUGUGCGAGUAUGUGUGUGUGUGCGAGUAUGUGUGUGUGUGCGAGUAUGUGUGUGUGUGCGAGUAUGUGUGUGUGUGCGCGAGUGUGUGUGUGUGUGUGUGCGCGAGUGUGUGUGUGUGUGUGUGCGCGAGUGUGUGUGUGUGUGUGCGCGCGAGUGUGUGUGUGUGUGCGCGUGCGCUCAGUGUUAAGAUUUUAACAGUCUGCAGGUGGCACCAAUUUCUCAUUUGUCAACAGAUUUUCUCAGCACUCUUUUGACACGUGUGUGUUUGUGUGUGUUGGUGAGAACGAAUUGUACUUUAUCUUUGAACAUGGGUCUGUCUUAGCUGUAGCUCAGCUUACAUUAGAGCUACACUGCAUGACAGCCAAAGAAGCCUAUAUUCCAGCACUCAGACCUCCGUAUUAGGUCGUGUGUGUGUGUGUGUGUGUGUGUGUGUGUGUUUCCCUUUUAGAUUGCUUUAAGUGUCAGUAACUAUGGGAGCCUGAGAACUGAACAUGCAGCUGAGAGACAGGUGAAAGCAACCAUCUUGGACUCCCUGAGCUCUUGUUUGGCUCCCAGAUAGACGAAAAGGGACAUGAAAGGGAACUUUACUCUGAUUCCUUUCUGGAAUCUUUAUGUGUAUUUCCAGGUACUUGUACUAUUUUAUUGCCUUGUCAGGUCACUUGUUUUUUUUUUUGUUUUUUGUUUUGUUUUGUUUUAUUCCUGUACUGUAUAAUAUUUCCUGUCUGUAUAUAGCACACUAAACUGUAUUGCUGUUACUUUGGAGUGAUACAAGCAUACAGGUUAUUGUAACUAUGCAAAUGGAGCUUUGAAUCCUUUUCCGUUUGACAACCAAAUCUCGAAGCCAGAGAGGAAAAACGAGAGAAUCUGAGUGAAACCAGGGCACUUCAGUUUAGCAGACUAACCAAGGUACAGCUGAACAGUUUGUCUUUGCAAGGAAAAUAUACAAAAGAAAAAAAGUGUCUGACUGCUGCUGUGAUAAAAUAUUUUGGCAGCAGUUGGAAUCUUUCCCGUAUCUUCUCUCUCUCUCUCUCUCUCUCUCUCUCUCUCUCUCUCUCUCUCUCUCUCUCUCUCUCUCUCUUUUUUCUUGUUUUUUUUUUUAAGAUCAUAUCUGAGCAGCAAGGAAACAACCGUUAACUUUGCAGUGAGAAACUUUACACACCCCUUUCAACUGGAAAAGUGAACUCCUAGGUGUAAUAAACGACAAGAGCAGGAUCUGGUUUUAGAUAGAGCCAGCAUCUAUGAGGCAAAACAAAAACCCUCAGAUCAUAAAUUUCUUUUAUUAUUAUUAUUAAUUUUUUUUUGCUGUUUCACCGUAAUAUUUUUAUGUACUUUAUUUUCUAUUUUAUUUUUUAAAUAAAACUUUUAAAAACCA